AUGCAUUUUUAUUUUCCUGACUGGGUAAUUAAAUACAAAGAACACCAGAUUUCGGCUUUAUCGUUAUAUUCAUACAUUUUAGAUUGGAGUAUCUACAUUUUGAUAUUAGUUAUAUUUAUGGUAUACGGAACUUUACUUGCUCCGAGAUAUCAUGAAUUUCUGUUGCUGGAUUCGACAUUAAUGUACUCAUAUAGAAGCGAAAAGGAGACAGUAAUACCGCUCUAUAUGUUGAUAAUAAUAGCGGUGGUCAUCCCGAUUAUCCAAUUCGUGUUUUGUUCUAUAUAUAAUCGACAUACUUUAUCGGGUGCGAGGAGGGCAUGGGAUAUCUUUUCUGGUCUAAUGGCAUUGUCAGGUAGUAUGGCUACACAACUAAUGAUUACUUGCAUUCUCAAAAAUAUAUGUGGAUUACCCAGGCCAGACUUGAUUUCUCGAUGUCAACCAACGCAGACUGAAAUGUUAAUAUAUGGUCAGUUGGCUACGGUUGAGAUUUGUGAAACGUUUCUGCGGGACAGCGUUGGGCCAUCCCUACACAUAUUACAGGAAGGCUUUCGAUCUUUUCCUAGUGGGCAUCUGUCUACUGUUUUUUGUGGCAUGGUUAUUACAAGUUUGAAUUUCGCAGGAAAGUUGCAAAUAUUCGAUAAAAGAGGAAUAUCAUUUAAAGUAUUACUAGCUAUAUGUCCAAUUAUGGUUGCUUGUUUUGUAUCUUGUACGAGGAUUAGUGACAAUCGACAUUUUUUAAGAGAUGUCAUCGGAGGUUCCGUGAUAGGAACGCAUGUUGCAAUCUGGUUUUACUUGCAAUAUUUUCCAAGCAUCUUUAAUUUGGAGAACUGUGGAAGAGCAUACCCUCCUAGAAGAAUCGGAGUUGCAAACUUUUUCAAUAAUGUCGGAGGCUUUUGGAAGAUACGAGACGUGUUACCUGGUGCCUAUGUUGAAAGAGUAUUAAAUAAUCCUGGUAUAAUACCACAAUUAUCUAGUGAAUUACAACCCGGUGAGUCAAUAUCUGCAAUGGAAAUAGUCGAUUUAUCAACUAACAUAUCUUUUUUCAAUAAAUUAACUAGUCUCCUACCAGAUAAAUAUAUUAAUCUAAACAAUACCGAUCCUAUAUUACCUGUAUGGACUUCUAGAAGUGCUGACAAUGAUCCGCCAAUUAUUCCAAAGAGCACUUAA